AUGCGGCGACAUGGAGUCUGAAAUAAACUGCUCUGAAUUUUGUGACAGUUUUCCUAGCCAGGAGCUGGAUCGGAGACCCCUUCAUGAUCUCUGCAGGACAACAAUUACAUCUUCCCACCACAGCCGUUCAUUAUCUCCUGUCCUCUUGGGUGUUGUUUGGACUUCUCUCAGCUGUGGACUUCUGCUGAUGCUUUUCUUUCUUGCCUUCACAAUUCGCUGCAGGAAGAACAGGAUUGUGAAGAUGUCCAGUCCCAAUCUGAACAUUGUGACUUUACUGGGCAGUUGUCUGACUUACAGCAGUGCUUACCUCUUUGGGAUUCAAGAUGUUUCAGUAGGAAGCUCAAUGGAAACUCUGAUUCAGAUAAGACUGUCCAUGCUAUGCAUCGGGACCUCCCUUGUGUUUGGCCCCAUUCUGGGAAAGAGCUGGCGACUCUACAAGGUGUUUAUGCAGAGGGUCCCAGACAAGAGAGUGAUUAUCAAAGACCUGCAGUUGCUGGGGUUGGUGGCAGGCCUGGUGAUGGCUGAUGUGAUCCUGCUCGUGACCUGGGUGCUGACUGACCCCAUCCAGUGCCUCCAGAUCCUCAGUGUCAGCAUGACGGUGACAGGGAGAGACGUGUCCUGCUCUUUGACCAGCACCCAAUUCUGUGCUUCCCGGUACUCUGAUGUCUGGAUUGCUCUCGUUUGGGGUUGCAAGGGUCUGCUCCUGCUGUAUGGUGCCUACCUGGCUGGCCUGACUGACCAUGUCAGCUCUCCUCCUGUGAACCAGUCUUUAACCAUCAUGGUUGGGGUCAACCUCCUGGUACUGGCUGCUGGGCUGCUUUUUGUGGUCACCAGAUACUUGCACUCCUGGCCCAACCUGGUCUUUGGACUCACGUCUGGAGGCAUCUUUGUUUGCACAACCACAAUCAACUGCUUCAUCUUCAUUCCCCAGCUGAAGCAAUGGAAGGCAUUUGAAGAGGAAAACCAAACAAUCAGACGCAUGGCCAAAUAUUUCAGCACUCCCAGCAAAAGCUUCCAUACCCAGUACGGUGAGGAACAGAACUGCCACCCGAGCGGAGAGAAGAGUUCCAUGGAGAGGCUCCUCACAGAAAAAAAUGCUGUGAUUGAAAGCCUGCAGGAACAAGUAAAAAAUGCCAAAGAGAAGCUAGUGAAGCUGAUGUCUGCUGAGUGCACCUAUGACCUCCCAACAUGGGCUGCCCCACCUGCCUCCUCCCAGAACAAGGAUGCCCAGACGGCAUCCUCCGCACAGCGGCCUUUGGAAUGCCCCUCUGGCUUGCAGAAUGAUACCGGCGCGGCUGCCCAGGACUCCCAGCAUGGCUCAGUGCCCUCCUUAGGUGCGCAAAGCCUUGAGGGGCCUGAAAAGGACACCAGCGCCUCCCCAGGGCAGCGGGAGAAGAUGUCUGACUUGAAAGACUUUUCUGAUCAUUUAGACUCGGGUUAUAGCCAGAAGCCACAGACUGAGCAAAGCCGGAAUACGGAAAAAGGGGAGCAGGUACCCAUGGCCCCCAGCCGUAGUCCCUUACAAGGUAGAGGGGGCUCUGAUACCCAGAGACAGAGGCAGCUGGAGAACUCAGAAGAACCUCCACAGCGGCUGUCAAGGGUCAAUUCAGUGAUCAGGGAGAAACUUCAGGAAGUCUUACAAGAUCUGGGCCUGGGUCCUGAGGCUCCGCUCCCCUCCUCCCCAUCUCAUCCCCAGCAGCCCUGGAGGAGCAGUGCUGCCUUCAGCCCCCAGAAGAUGCCCCUCUGCAAGGAGCUGGGCUUCAGCCCGUACAUGGUUAGGAGGAGAAGACGGGCAGCUCGGCAGGCCUGCUCACGCCUUCCUGGCUCUGUACCCUCCUGUGUGGGGCGUCAGGCAAACAGAACUGUUUCUGGGGCGCACAGUGGGCUGAAUAUGCAGAAUGGAGACAGCCCCAGCCCGGCCCCCCAAACUGCUGAUUCCAGGGUUCCAAGACCCUCUUCCAGGAAGCCGUCUCUACUUCCAGAUCCUCAAAGCAGGCCGAGCACCCUGGAGGGCAACAAACAAAGCCAGACAGAUCCCCAGGGGGCUGGAGGGAGCAAGGCAGCCUUUCCUUACCAGCCUUCUGGUUCUGGCCGGGCACAAAGUCCUGCUGCCCCACGCCUAUCCAGAGCCUCAACACACUUGCCUGAGCAGUGGCAGCUGCGGCCCCCAGCAUCCCCAGGCUGUCCCUCCCUGUCUUCUCAGUACGAUUCCUUUGACACUGAGUCCAGCAGCUCAGAUGAGUUCUUCUGCCGAUGCCACCGGCCCUACUGUGAAAUCUGCUUCCAGAGCUCCUCUGACUCUAGUGACACAUCAGACACUGACCCCGAGCCUGCCAGGGGGCUGGCUUCCUGGGAAAAGCUAUGGGCCCGCUCCAAGCCCAUCGUGAACUUCAAAGAUGACUUGAAACCCACACUGGUAUGAAAAGCAGCGGAGCUAGUCUGGAGACAGAGGUUAGUGCAGCAGAAGCCGUAACCAGGCCUGCAGGCGGACAGCCA